GAGGCCCUUUCCCCGCUGGAGGGCGGGGCCGCCGUGCUCACCUGCGCGCUCUCUGGGAGCCCCCCGCCUCCCUCAGUGUCCCAAAGGGACCGUGGUCCCCGGCUGUCUCAGGGCUUUGCGCCUCCCCCCAGCGCUCCUACGCGGCGUGGGUCCUGCUUUUCCAGGCGGGAGGGCAAAGGUGCUAGAUGGUAGGACCGGGAGAGAGAAGGACCUGCAUGACCUUGACCAUCGAGGUCACUUUCCCAGCCCCGGAACCUAGUCUCGCUAGCUACCCCCAGAAUCCCGUGCCCCUUUCUUCCUGUUUCCUUCCCUUCUCGGGCGCUUUUGUGUCCUUGACGCUGGAAUGAACCUGGGGCGCUGCUCGUGCGGCGGGGCUCUGCCUCUUUAGCUCCAGGAGCUGCAUCCUGUCCCGGCGGCUGCUGGUGGCCGAGGAGAGGAGUGACGAGUACAGAGCCGUGGAACAGGUCAGGCCGGAGAGGGAAAUGGGAAGGCCUUUUGUUUCAUCUUUCGAGAUAGCGUUCAUUAGGAAAUGGGCCUCUCCCGAUAAUCAGUCAGCGCUGAUUCAAACUUACCGGAUGCGGAGACUGCACUGUUUCGAGCUCCCUGGAGAGAUGGCCCUGGAACAGCCCGGUCUGUACCCCGUCCAGCUACCUGUAUGGUUGGGGAAACCAGUUCCACACUGACUGAAGAAUAGUUUUGAACCUAUUGUAAGAGCCAGUAAAUCCAGUGGAAAAUGGCCUUCAGCGAUCUUACUUCAAGGACAGUGCGUCUUUAUGAUAAUUGGCUCAAGCAUGCUGAUCCAAGAGUUGAAGACUGGCUCCUCAUGUCCUCGCCUCUGCCACAAACCAUCAUCUUGGGACUCUAUGUCUAUUUUGUCACUUCCCUGGGACCAAAGCUCAUGGAAAAUCGAAAGCCCUUUGAACUCAAGAAAGCGAUGAUAACGUACAAUUUUUUCAUAGUACUCUUUUCUGUGUAUAUGUGUUAUGAGUUUGUAAUGUCUGGCUGGGGUACAGGUUAUUCAUUUCGAUGUGAAAUUGUUGACUAUUCACAGUCACCUACAGCAUUGAGGAUGGUACGCACCUGCUGGCUUUAUUACUUCUCCAAAUUUAUCGAGCUACUAGAUACUAUCUUUUUUGUUCUGCGUAAGAAAAAUAGCCAAGUGACUUUUCUGCAUGUCUUCCAUCACACCAUCAUGCCAUGGACCUGGUGGUUUGGAGUCAAAUUUGCUGCAGGUGGUUUGGGAACGUUCCAUGCCUUUGUAAACACAGCUGUGCAUGUAGUCAUGUACUCCUACUAUGGACUAUGUGCAUUGGGACCAGCCUACCAGAAGUACUUGUGGUGGAAAAAACAUUUGACAUCAUUGCAGCUUGUCCAGUUUAUUAUUGUCACCAUCCACAUAGGCCAGUUCUUUUUCAUGGAGGAUUGCAAGUACCAGUUUCCAGUCUUUCUGUACAUCAUUAUGAGUUAUGGGUGCAUCUUUCUGCUGCUCUUUCUCCAUUUUUGGUACCGAGCUUACACAAAAGGUCAGAGGCUGCCCAAAACUGUGAAAAAUGGAACCUGCAAAAACAAAGACCACUGAAAUUUGAGCACCACAUGAAUCUAUGAAUGAGACUGAUACCUGAUCUUCCUUGACAAUCAAGAUAUAUUUCCAUGUGCAGUGCAUUUUGUAUAUUUUUCAGAAUCAAGAGCUUGUAUUUUUAUGAUAAGCUAUGGGGGUUUCUGAUAUUUGAGAGCUCAAACUCCCAGAUAACGGAGUCUUCUGACAGUAAAGCAGCCAGUUUUUCAUCUGCUUUUAAACCUCAUCUAAAGGUUCUGGUUGAUACAUUCUGUUACAAUAAAGGAUUGUGUGAAGUUGUACAGUACUUUUCAAAGAAGUUCCAUAUAAAUGAAAAAUAUCAUUAGCUAUUUUGAGUACGGACAGAGAUCGAUGCUGUACAAUGGAUUCCCUCUGCCAGGUCUGAAAACCUCAAGCUGUGGGCUCUGGCUUUGUAGCUUGUUGACGACACUCAGAAGACACUGUGUUUAUUCUAGAGUUAAAUUCCCGUCCUAAAGAACUAACAAAGUGAACAUUAAGUGAAUUUUAGAUAGGUUGGUCAUUUAACAUCACUAAAAAUAAUUUUUCAUGGAUCUCUGGAGUGCCCACCACCAGUUUUGCUGACAAGACUUUCUCACAACCUUUGAUUGUAUAAAGUAUUUAGAAGUAACACUUUGAUGAGCACACUGAUGCACUUGACACUAAGGUUAAUGUUUGAAAACAGGUGAUUUGUUCUGAUAGCUUAAUUGACACUUUGCUAUGACUGUUUUUCAAUUAUGUUUGUGUAUUUCUAGAAAGAGGUGAGUUUGUUAAUGGAAAAAGUACUAUGUUAUUUCACUGGGAAAAGUACUGUGUUAUUUUAGUCUGUUGUGUUAUAAUGCCACUCUCUAAUAUUGCCAUGGUUUAAAAGGUUAUCUUUUUUUAUGGGGAAUUCUUUUUUUUAAAUUAUUUUGUUGUUGUUAAAUUACAGUUGUCUGUAUUUUCUCCCUACCUUUCCCCCCACCCCCUCCAAACCCACCUCCCUCCCUUGCUUCCACCCUCCCCCUUAGUUUUGUCCAUGUGUCCUUUAAAAGGUUAUCUUGGUUAAACGUAUACUGGUUAGAUGUGAAUGCUCAUGUUGUCAGCACACAGCAGGGAGCCUGAGAUCGUGAAUGAUUUCAGACCACCCAUCGCAGUUUGCAGACACGUGUUUAAGUGGCCUGUGAGGCGAUUGGAGGCAGAUGGUGACACAGAGAUCAUCCAGGGAAGAUUCCGUUGUACAAGCAUCUCUCUCAGCAGAGACUACAUAACAGUUAUUGUUCUAGAUAUACUGCAUGAAAAAAUAUUUUCCAGAAUUGUUAAGAGCCUGAACUUCUUUUUACAAACUUAUAACUUAUAUAACGAAGGACUAAAAUUUAUUUUGCUUCUUUAAAAUUGCUACUUUUUAAAAUUCUCUUGUUCUCAAACCCAAACUAGUGAUCAGUAGAUUUUUAUCCAAGAAACACAAAUAUUUGGACAUCUAAAAAUUUUUUCUUACAGCUUAUUUUUCCCUGCUAUAUUUAUGCUGUAUUUUUGAAGGACUCCUUAUGCUUGUAUGACUUUGAACAAUUAGCACUGUGUGACUCAGUUAUUGUGUAACACCCAGUGAUCCUUACUGUAAACAAAGUCCGAGUGUUUACUCACUGUAACUGCCCACAGUUCUGUGUCUUCCAAGCCUAUUAAUCUGUUCCGUGGCCUUUCACACUUAGCAGAUUCAUAAGGUUAUGUGCCUUUAAGUGACCUUUAGUGACUUUACUGGCUUAGAGUACAAGAAGAUGAGGGUUGAAAAUGGGGGGAAUUGAUACCUUUAAAAAUAAAGAAUAAAGGAUGGGAGAGCAGAGCUCAAAGAAACAGAGAUCUAAUUCACCUCUCAGAGAGACUCAGGAUUCCCAAGGUGUUUUCUUGUUUUGCUUCUUCAAAUCCAGCUUGUGCUAAAUGAGGAGGUGUGGUAGGUGCUGCUAUAUAUACAUACAAUUGCCAAAGACCCCAGCAGGGUAAAGACCAAGAGC